UGUAAAUGCAAAUUUUCCGAUCUCAACCGGUGCCUUCCUGGUAUAAGUUUCGCGAAUCACAUGAAUCAGUCGGGGAAACAGCGUCCGUGCGACCAAGAGGCACAUCGCAUCCUUGCACGUUCCUUACAUCCUAUAAAAAUACAGGAUGCCCAUCGAGGAUCCAAAGAAGGAUGAAGCUAAAAACAUUACUAUCUGGCCGCAAUGGACGGCUGCGGUUACGCUCAGCUUAGCUGUUGUGGUAAGUGGUCUCGCGAAUGGCUGGGCAUCGCCGUACUUGGCUCAACUGACAUCGACGGAAGCGAACGUGCCUUUGAGACUGACAGCUACCGAAGCGUCCUGGGUGGCCUCCCUUUUAAAUCUUGGCCGGCUCGUCGGCUGUUUGCUCAGUGCAGUGUGUCAAGAGUACAUCGGACGGAAGAAGGUACUCCUGCUUGGUGGUUUGCCGUUAGCCUCAAGUUGGGUAUUCAGUAUUUGUGCCACAUCGGUCAUAUGGCUCUACGCGUCCAGGUUCUGCUCAGGAAUCGGGUCAGGAAUUUUAUGGUCUGCACUCGCGAUGUAUCUGGGCGAGAUCGCCGAUCCCAGAAUCCGUGGAUCACUGAUAUCCAUGAACGUGAACGCAGCUGCCGUUGGUAUGUUCCUGGGCAAUGCAAUGGGCCCUUAUCUAUCCAUGGAGAUGUUCGGGUACGUGAGUCUCGUUCCGAAUAUCCUCUUCAUGAUCCUCUUCACUAUGAUACCCGAAUCACCCUACCAUUACCUCCUGCAUGGGGAUAUUGACAAGGCCGAGGCAUCCUUGAAGUGGUUUAGGCGAAAAGCUGACGUCAAAGCCGAAAUGCGAGAGCUCCAGGAAUUUGUCGACGGGGCUGGAACUAAUGUUUUACGAAACUUGAAGCAGUUCCUUUUACCAAGUAACUUGAAGAAUGCUUUGAUCACGUUUGGUCUCUAUGCUUUCUCUUAUGCGAGCGGAUACAAUGUCAUCUGCGCCUACGCAGAGAUAAUCGUAACAAGGACCCAGGUCAGCAUAACGCCUAACCUAGUGGUGAUGAUCCUUGGUUUGGCGAACAUCAUGGCUGGUUCAACAACCACGUUGGUGAUCGAUAGACUCGGCAGAAAGACUCUUCUAAUCAUCUCAUGCAUCGGGACAUCGAUAGCCUUGACGGUGUUGGGCCUGCAUUUUCAUCUUCUUUCUCUGGAGUACGAUGCCAGCAAGCUAACGUGGUUGCCUAUAAUCUCUCUGUUGUCGUUCAAUAUCUCCGUGGCUAUCGGACUGCAACCGAUUCCGAACACCCUUUUGGGCGAAAUGUUCCCGGCGCAUUUGAAAACUGUGGCUUCGCUGUUGGUGGGUUCUAGCAACGCUUUAAUGUCUUUCACCAGCACGAGAACUUAUCAACCAUAUCUGGACUUGGUUGGUGAAAAAUUUGUGUACUGGACUUACGCUAUUUGCAUGCUGAUCUCGGCGCUGUAUUCCUAUUUUCUGAUUCCUGAGACGGUGGGUAAGAGUCUCUUAGAAAUUCAGCACUCGACUAAGAAAUAACAAUACGUCCAAGCGUCAAAAGUUUCCCUCGCGGAAAGAGAAUAAUUUAUUAAACUUGUAUAUAGAUUUAGGUGG